AUGAAUUAUCAACAUGUUGACAUAGACGAUCUGGACGUUCCUAUCGAGGUCGCGAUUGCUGAGCUCGUGGAGGGUAUCAACAAUGCGGAACGGGAGAUAGCAAUGUCUCUUUCCAUCACAGACUUCAUGUAUGCUGCAAAAUGGGAUGACGCUAUUGCUAUCCUGGGUCUUAUUAGAGCCGGCCAUAGCAAGGAGGCAGUAUAUCAUGCUUCCAAAGACAUGCCGGAUGGACUGGCUCAUUAUCAGUUGUUGGAAGCAGAGACUUGCCGAUAA